UCUGACUGACCUAACCUAACCCGACACUCGACACUCGACACACAUCGAGCAUGGCCUCUACAGCGUCUGCUCAGAAUGGCUCCGCCCACCCCUUCACUUGCAAUACAUGUCAAGUGGCCUUCCGGACGAGCGACCUUCAACGCACGCACAUGCAAUCUGACUGGCACCGCUACAAUCUCAAGCGUCGAGUCGCGUCAUUGCCACCCCUCUCCUCUGAGAUCUUCGCCGAAAAGGUCCUUGCGAACAAGGCCACCGCAGCUGCCACGGCAGCUCGAGCAAGCUUCGAAAAGCGAUGUGAGCCUUGCGAUAAGACAUACUUCAGCGAAGGCGCCUUCGUGAACCACCUGGGGAGUCAGAAGCACCGCCUUCAUGUUGCACGAUUCAACGCUCGUGGCGGCGGCGCAGAUGGGGCAGAUACGGACAGCAUGGCAGACUCGACCUUCACACUCGGUGACUCUAUUGACACGGCAAGCACGACAGCGAGUACAGUGAACGGCGAAGAGGCGACAGAGGACGUUCUGGACGAGGUCGUCGGUGGCAUCAGUAGGACAACUCUCAACGGAAAUGUGGCUCAGCCAGACGGAGCGUCACAGCCUGCACCCUCCACGUCAGCAGAAACCGAAGACGAUGACUACGAACACAAGGCCGAUCUGAAUCAAUGCCUGUUCUGCAACUACAUCUCGCCCACCAUGGACCUCAACAUCAAUCACAUGUCUCGACAACACGGCUUCUUCAUUCCCGAGCGGGACUACCUAGUCGAUCUUCCUGGCCUCGUCAACUACCUCAGCGAGACCGUGGCCGUGCUGCACCAGUGUCUGCUAUGUCACAAACAGCUACACACAACCUCCGGUAUCCAGACUCACAUGCGCGAUAGAGGCCACUGUAUGAUUGCAUAUAGCACCGAAGAGGAGCAAAUGGAUGUCGGCGAAUUCUACGAUUUCCGAUCGACGUAUUCCGACGAAGAGAGUGAGACAGAAGACGAGGGGACCAGCGGGGGUGUCAAGCUGGGCGCCAAGCGUGCCGCAAAGACUACGAUUCAGAACGAGGCAGGUGAAGAUGUGGACAUGGAGGAUGACGAGGGAUGGGAAAGUGACGGCUCACUGUCGUCUGUACCCACUGACGAGAUUGGUUCUGUUCCUGUUGACAAGUCGCACAUGCACGAGCGGCUAGGCCUGCAUCGCCAUCACUCUCACAAAGACCCCAGACCGCAUAAGAGCAGCGACGGAUUCCACUCUCAUGCGCACGGAGGGUCGCACGCGGUUUACCACGACGACUACGAACUUCAUCUACCAUCAGGACGAACGGCAGGCCACCGGAGCCUACGGGCUUACUACAGGCAAAACUUGCGCAACUACCCAUCUGCUGACGAGCGGGCCCAGCAGCGCCUGAUCGCUGACGGUCGUCAUGACUCUGAUGCUGAUGAUGAAGACGCCGACGUAGACCAGGAAGAUGGCGAUCAGAGGCGUGGUAGACAAAUAGUGAGUCGAGCCGACGGCGGCUUGGGUAUGGUUGGAGUGAGCGAGGCCAAGAAGCGCGAGGUCAAGGCAGUAGAGAAGCGGGCUACAAAGCGAGCUCAGCGAGCUGAGGCACGGUAUCAAUGGGGCAACAACAAGCAAGCGAACUUGCAAAAGUAUUUCCGCGAUCCAUUGCUCCAGUAGUGAAAUUAGAGCAAGGCGUAGAAGUACUUCGAAGCACGGAGAUCAGGUACGCAAAACCAAUUGGCAAGCAAACCUCAAACUUUGGUAAAGAAAAACCAUACUUGGCGGUCUUUAAGGAUAUUUUUGUAGUCUCUU